UGACUGGUGAGACCGUGAGAGGGAGCGCUGGGUCGAUCGGUCGAACCAAACCCGGGACGGCGGACGGAACGGAACCCCUCGCUAGUCGCUACUCUCCUUCACCCCCUUCGCCUCCGGCCACACCCUAGCCACCGCCGCUCGCCGAUUGGAGGUAGCUGCCUCCCCUAGUAGUGAUCUCAUAUGUAAAUCUUUUGCUUAUUUCCUCGCUCUCUGUAUUUUUCUCUUCUUCUUCCUUUUCGAUGCCCCCACGCCAUCGCCGACCAGGAUUGGUUGUAUCUGCAUAUGAGUUUGAUGGACUGCUAACAGGCUAGGAUUUGUUGUAGCUUAUCUGCGUAUGAUUUGUAUGGACUGGGGGCGGCUCCUGCCUUCAUCAACAUCAUAAACAAACUAGCCUUAGGAUAAUUACAUUGCACCUCUCCGCGUGCUUCCCCGCCUGCGGUGUUAUUCAUCAAUGGAGUCAAACAAUGGACGCAUUGAGAAAGCUGAGGAUCAAGAUAGGCUCAGCUCGCUGACUGACGAUGUUCUGUUGUCCAUCUUGGGGAAAGUCGACAUAGCCACGGCUGCAAGGACAGCUGUCCUAUCAACACGGUGGAAGCAUCUGCCAUGGUUGCUUCCAGAGCUGACCAUUGAUGCUAAAAAUUUCUUACCUUCCCCACUCCCAAACCCCAUCGAAGCUGAACAUAUUGAUACAGCAAUGGCCUCACUGACCAAAGCGGUUAGGAGCUUCUUGGCUAUCCGUCAGUGUGAGGCUACCAUCUCAAGCCUGCAACUUAAGCUCUAUUUGGUGGACAAUUACUCAGAAAUCAUUGGACCUCUACUUAGUGAAGUAAUUGUUGUUGGUACUGUAAAAGAUUUAGACCUUGCUGUUUUGGGUAAGAAGGAGCCUGAGGACUGCAACGAUAAAGAUAUGCUUCAGCAAGCUUGUUCUGUGGAUGGUUUUUUCAGAACUUAUCCUGGUUUGCUGCAUUGCCUAACAAGACUCUCAUUAUAUAACAUUUGCUUUGAUGAACGGGACAUGAAUCACUUCCUAUUUGAUUGCUGCAAGCAACUGCGGUAUCUCUACCUCUCCAACUGUGAUACCGGGGAACUCCCGGCAUGGAAGAUACAUGCACCGGAUUCAAAUAUUAGUGUGCUAGAGCUUGAAACGUGCUACUUGGGGAAACUUGAUGUGCUACACCUUCCAAAAUUAGAGCGGCUGCACUGGGAUGGCUGGAUGUGUCCAAAUGCCCCUUUGUCAUUUGGUGUUGUUCCAGCACUCAAGGAAUUGCAGCUCUUAUCUGGUGCAGCAGUUUAUUUUAAAGGAUUCAACCUAAGUGAGGUUCUAAGGGGUACCAUGAUAAAGAACCUAACAUUGAAUUUCCAAGGAGAAAAGCUUUGGAUGCAACCUGAAGGAAAACAACUCUGCACCGUAUUCAAUAAACUAACGAAGCUAUGCCUGCAUGAUAUAUUUGUCGAAUUUGAUCUGCUUUGGACAAUAGUUCUCCUUGAAGCUGCACCAUCCAUCGAGGUAUUUGAUCUUGAGAUAUGGGAACAUCCAUGCACAAUGGGUCCUGAGGCUAGAGGAAAAACUUAUGGUGAAAGGACAAAUCCUUCAUGGAAGUUGUCUGAGUUCACAAAUGGUAAGGAGUGGCUAUUGAAAGAAGUACAGAUUACUGGGUUUAGUCCGAUGGAUCAACAGAUGACAUUUAUUAGAGCUGUGAUGGAACGAGCUCCCAACUUACGAACUCUUGUCCUGAAAGAUUACUCGCCUUGUGAGGACUGCGAGCAGAUGGGUGUACUGCCUCGAUCUGAAAGAUUACCAGCAGAACGAGUAUAUCCAAAGGACAAGGAAGAGCAAGACAUGGUAGUCAACCAACUUAUUGGACAUAUGGCCUGCUGCCAUGUUGAUAUAACUUUUGGUGUCUGAAAAUAUUGUCUCUCUUGUACCUGUUUCUAUGUGGCACAUCUGCAUAGAUUCUCUCUAAAAUUGAAUUUCUUUGGACAAAAUGUAAUACAUAAUCUUUUUCGGUAACUAUGAUCAUCAUUAUUUGCUGUCACUUUUGCUUUU